AUGCUGAGCGUGGUCUCGGCCCACGACGGCGAGACCUACGAGCUCGACGAGCAUGCAUUGCGCGGCAUACACUCUCUCAAGAGCUUCGAAGCCUUGUUGGCAGAUCUGAUCGGUCUUGCCGCAGAUAGCGUCAUCGUUCUUCACAGGUCAUGGCAGGUAGACGAGGCAGUCCUGCCCGCACUGCUCGCCGAGGCGCGCGAGCCGGUGUCCACUUCACAGAGAUCGCCACUCUCACGCCAGUCAUCGCUCAGGGCCCUCAACGGCGCAAGUCCAAAUCGCCGGCAGGCUGCCCUCGUAUCGCAUACCCCACAGUCGUCCUCCUCAGAACCCUCAAGACGAGCAGAAGUGUUUGUGUUCUCGAGAGACGCCCUGUCUGGCGACGCAGACGCACUCGUUCAGCCCUGGCUAGUCGACGGGGUCGUCGCGCUGGGAGGCACCGAGAGCGCUCCGGCUGCACAGAUCCAGCCUAGCACGCUGCAGGCCUGGCUAGCUGCACAUGACCGUCACGCGACCGUCAACCUGUCCAACUCACUCGCCUUGCUCGCCUCCCUCAAAGAGCAGCGUCGUGCGCUCGAGAUUGCAGUGGGCAAUCUCGAGCAGCAUCGAGCCAGCAAGGAGGGCGCCGUCGCCGUCUUCGAGCUCUUUGCCACUCCGCUUUUAACAUACUAUGUCGAGCUGUUGGAGGACUACGCGCCAUCGCUUGCAAUGCUCGAGCGCAUCAAAGUCCACCCAUGUUUCGGCAGUGCGAGCGGCCAAGUCGUGCAGCCUAAAGGCAAGUCAAGGGAGAGCCGAUCACUAGCUGAUCACGUCAGUCGCGAGAAGCUGGAGAGCGUCAGAGCAGCUUGCGCUCGCAUAUCAGACGAUCUGCAGACACGGCUCGCACAGCUGCACGUCUACCUCGACGACGUUUCGGCAGGUGCCCAGGACCUACGUCAUGCUUUCGAGCAAGACAACCAGGAUGAUCUCGCUGACUGCGAAAAGGACGCAUACGAAGCAGCUCAGCGUGCGCAAGAGUUGCUUGCGUCCAUGUCCAGCGCUUCAGACUCGUCUGCUUCAGCCUUACAGGCGAUGGCGGACGAGCUUGUUCUUCUCGACGAGGAGUCGCGCGACAGGAUUCGGUUCCUCGUCGAGCGCAAGAAUGCAACAUCUCUCCACCUCAUUCACGUUUUGCAGACAGUUGCUCAUCUGCAGGAGAUCAUGACAAAGACGCCCGCGCUCAUCACAAGCAUGGACACUGAUCUCAAAUCUCGGUGCGAUGGCUUCAAACAUCUUGCUCGACUCGCGGGCAUAGUACCGGCCUACGCUGCCACCCUUUUUGAGAUUAUGCGAAGGAAUGAGUACGCCUCUCUCAUGUCACAGGCCGCUAAAGAGCACACGACAAUAUACGGCGAGCAAGCAACAGCCGAACGCAAGCGACGACAGCACUACAAGACUGAAUUUGCAGGCAAAUUGCCAUGGGAGGUCAAGUCGCUCGACGAUAAUCUCGCCUAUCUGCAAAUCGACUUUAAGCGCGAGCCUGCCACUAACGGCGUCAAGGCUGACAGUAUCGCUCCCUCGGUCACGAUCCAAGACCUUCAGGAGCUGAUCAGCGUCCUCGGCGAGCUCGAGACCUCGCUGAAGCUUGUUGACAGACAACGAGCGCAUCCUGCAAUAGCGCCUCGUGUUCUACUUGUUUCGUCGCUAUCAUUGAUGUCUGCCCUUCACGAGGGCUUUGUACGCGGGCCCGCAGCAGACAGCGACGGUACGCUGCGCGACGAGCUAGCGCGGCUUCAAAAAGAAUUGCAGGAUGCGACUAUGCGGAUAGAAAACCUUCAGAAUAUGUCGAGAGAGCAGCAGGAGGCGCACGCAAAUCAGCAAAAGUCUAUAGCGGAUGAGUUAGUAUCUUUGCGCAGUGUCGAAGCCGAGAGAGUCCGCCAGCUUCGCGAGACUAGCAGCGAGCACGAAGUCAUGGUUCGGCAGCUCCGCAUUCAGCACACGACCCACGACAGAGAAGUCUCAGCGCUGAAGGACACUGUCGCUCAGCAGGCACAGAAGCUGCGCGUGCGUGACAGCGAGAUCUUGACUCUCAGAGAUCAGAUCAAAAGCGAUGCGAUCACGACUGCCGCUCGAUAUGACGAGCAGCUACGCAAGUAUGAUCAAGCCCAAGCCCAUCUUGCUCGGAGUGAAGAGCAGAACGGCAAGCUCGCUAUCGAGCUGGCAGAAGCAAUCACUGUCGCAUCCACGGCCAAAACUUUGCACGCGCAAGCCGAAGCAGAGCUGUCCGCGCUCGCAAAUUCGUCGCGGCAGAUUCAGGAACGAUUACAAGGACGUGACCGAGAGGUCAGACAGCUUCGCAUGGAUCACGAUCUUGAAAGGACAGCCCUUGUUGAAGAGAGUCAGCGAUAUCGUAGCAGCGCUCAGGAUCUUUCCCAAGAGGUCGAAAAGAUGCUUCACAACGUCAAUGCGGCACAGCAGCGCGUGUCAGAGCUCGAAAAGCAGCUCGCCAACCGUAUGACAUCAGACGCAAGUGUGAUAGCCGUUGAACAUGCAUUAUCCGCACUGAGACAUGCCAAAAGACUUCAAGAUGCACAGAACGAGCUGCUCACUUUCGUUCGCGAUUCGACCACCACGCCACCCGCAAGUCAAGAAAGCCUCAUUCGGUCAGGCGAACUUGCUGUCGGGACUUUCAACGACACUCUAGCAGCUCUAAGUCGGCACGAUCCGCUUGCUUUGGAUCGUGCUAUCAAGGAACGUCUGUCCAGCGCGGCAACGACAACGCGCAAAUGGCAGAAAGAAUGCAAAAUCUAUCGCGAGCGCGCCAGUCGGGCUGCGGAGCAGUCGGGAGAGAAGUUAUCGUUUCGCAACUUUGCUAAAGGCGAUCUCGCGCUCUUUUUACCGACGCGAAAUACUGUUGCACAGGUCUGGGCCGCUUUCAACAUCGCCUUUCCGCACUACUUCCUCCAGCCGACAGGGCCGAUUGCAGAGCAGAUCAGAACGCGAGAGUGGAUUGUUGCCCGUAUCUCCUCGCUGACCGAAUGCGUCGUCGAGAUAGACGAGGCCAGCUCAAACCGCUUCGGUCUCUCGCCAGGCACCAAAUAUUGGCUUAUCGAGACAGAGCCUUGGACGCCUCAGCCCCCCAAGCUAGCUCGUGCGCGUCGCUCAACGGGUGAUUCUGCGGUCAAUCGUUCGCCUUCUGAUGCAGGCAAGAACCCCCGCAGCCUGACGAGGUCUCAGAAUGCUCGAAGUGACCCUAAAGACGCACGCAUGGUGGCAUCGCUCAUAAUGUCUGCGUCGCCGUCGAACGCAGAAGUCGUUGCGCGUCCGCUCAGCUUGACUUAUGGUGUCGAAUUGCCGCUCUCAAUACCAGAAGGCUCGGAAGCGCUCGCCACAGUGACGAACACCGCUAAUCCUACGUCAGCUGAUGCAGCCGUGUCACUCGAACUCGGGUCAGGCGUAAUAUCGGCCGUGGAGCCCACACCUUUUGUUGCCGCUCCGGAAGACUCUCUGGGACCGCGACCACCUAUGCUCCGCUCUGUCAAGUCUCGUUCUGGCAUCGCUCGCUCCCUGUCUUCGCGUUUCGUACCGACCGGGAGCAGUCCAAGCAAGGCUGCCUCAACAACAGCAAUUGCGGAGCUCGAAAAUACAGGCCCAAUACAUCGUACGAGCUCCCUCGAGGACGCCCGACACAUUCCCGCGAGCUCGCCCAGCGCUGCGUCUGUGAUAAGCUCUCGGUCGGGUCGUUUCAGCUUUGGCUCUGCUGCCUCACCACGCAUACCUGGCGGCUUCAGCUUGAUGCGAGCCGGCAGCGAUCCGGCCUCCACGCAUGUCAAGGCAGCAGACGUGCUCAAAAAGUACAGCGGCAGCAAGAAGCGGUAA